GCCUCACGCACGGACCGACGGACGCACGGAGCUCGGUUCGUCCUCGCAGCAUCUGUCCUCCUUUCAGUCCGAGGUGGAGCAUGUAGGACCGGACCCGCGGCCCGGAGCAGCAUGUAGCAGAACCCGGAGCUGAUCGCCCUGGUUCUGGUUCUCCUGGAGCCUGGUUCCUCCGCUCCGGACGAGCGGCGCCUGGAUCUGGAUUUUGUGGGGAUCCUGCCGGGGGCGGGUGGGGGGUUCCGGUUCGGAGGAGCGCGUGUUCGUCCCGGUCCAUGGUCGUUGAGGAAGCUUCCAUCUUGAGUCCCGUUUCAACGCACAGAACCAUGGCGAGCGACUCCCCCGCGCGGAGUCUGGAUGAGAUAGACCUGUCUGCGCUCAGGGACCCAGCUGGGAUUUUUGAGCUGGUCGAGCUGGUUGGAAAUGGCACCUAUGGGCAGGUCUACAAGGGUCGCCAUGUCAAAACAGGUCAACUGGCUGCCAUCAAGGUCAUGGAUGUCACCGGAGAGGAGGAGGAGGAGAUUAAAGCUGAGAUCAACAUGCUGAAGAAGUACAGCCACCAUCGCAACAUCGCCACCUACUAUGGAGCCUUCAUAAAGAAAAACCCUCCAGGAAUGGACGACCAGUUGUGGCUGGUGAUGGAGUUCUGCGGGGCUGGCUCGGUGACAGAUCUGAUCAAAAACACCAAAGGAAACACUCUGAAGGAGGAGUGGAUCGCCUACAUCUGCAGGGAAAUCCUGAGGGGUCUGACCCAUCUCCAUCAGCACAAGGUGAUCCACAGAGAUAUCAAGGGCCAGAAUGUUCUGCUGACGGAGAACGCCGAGGUCAAAUUGGUGGACUUUGGUGUAAGCGCUCAGUUGGAUCGCACGGUGGGACGAAGGAACACGUUCAUCGGGACGCCGUACUGGAUGGCUCCUGAGGUCAUCGCCUGUGAUGAGAACCCAGACGCCACCUACGACUUCAAGAGUGAUCUGUGGUCGCUCGGCAUCACGGCUAUAGAGAUGGCAGAGGGAGCGCCACCUCUGUGCGACAUGCAUCCGAUGAGAGCGCUCUUCCUCAUCCCCAGGAAUCCUGCCCCGAGACUCAAAUCGAAGAAGUGGUCAAAGAAGUUCCAGUCGUUCAUAGAAAGCUGUCUGGUGAAGAGCCACAGCCAGCGGCCGAGCACCGAGCAGCUCCUCAAACACCCCUUCAUCAGAGACCUGACCAACGAGCGGCAGGUCCGGAUCCAGCUGAAGGACCACAUCGACCGCACCAAGAAGAGGCGGGGGGAGAGGGAUGAGACAGAGUACGAGUACAGCGGCAGCGAGGAAGAGGAUGAAGAGAGGGACGUCGGAGAGCCCAGCUCCAUCAUCAACAUCCCCGGUGAGUCCACUCUGAGGCGGGACUUCCUGCGCCUCCAGCUGGCCAACAAGGAGCGCUCGGAGCUGAUCCGGCGCCAGCAGCUGGAGCAGCAGCAGAACGAGGAGCACAAGCGCCAGCUGCUGGCCGAGAGGCAGAAACGGAUCGAGGAGCAGAAGGAGCAGCGGCGACGGCUGGAGGAGCAACAACUACGGGAGCGGGAGCUGAGGAAGCAGCAGGAGCGGGAGCAGAGGAGGAGGUACGAGGAGAUGGAGCAGCUCCGCCGGGAGGAGGAGCGGAGGCACGCUGAGAGAGAGCAGGUGAUGCGUCGAGCUCAGAGCAACUCCCCCCGCCUCCCUCAAAAGAAGUACCACUCCUUCAAGCUAAACCGGGACAUGGACCUGGACCAGCUCCUGCAGCUCCCGGGUUACAAACCUCCCAAGCCCCGCCCCCCCUCGUACCCCGCCCACGUCAGCCCCAUCAGGGACCACCUUCACGUCCCCCGAGUCCGCAUCACCUGCGUCCCAGAGCCAGAGUACUCUGAGCCGGUGGUGAUGCGGAGGGAGAGCCCCAGCAGGAGCCCUGUCAGGGUCUCCGACUCCAGGGGCCGCAGUCCAGCCCGCCGGGUGGAAGACCAGUUUAAGAUGAACAGACAGACUUCUCCUACGUUUCAGCACAAAGUUUCAAACCGGAUCUCCGACCCAUCCCUGCCACCCCGAUCCGAGUCCUUCAGCAGCGGAGGGAUCCAGCAGGCCCGGACUCCGCCCAUGCACCGCUCUGUGGAACCGCAGAUGGCCCACCUUGUGCAGGUGAAGAGUCACGGCCUCUCGGGCUCCCAGUCCUUGUACGACCCUCACGGCGUGUCCUCCACCUCGGCGUCGCCCUCCCCCUCCCGGCCUCCCAUGCCCCGGCAGAACUCCGACCCCACCUCCGACACCCCUCCCGCCCCACCCCUGUCCCGCCUGGCGCCCCCCCUCGACAAGCUGGACCGCAGCUCGUGGCUGCGGCAGGACGACGACCUGCCGCCCAAGGUUCCUCAGAGGACCACCUCCAUCUCUCCUGCUUUGGUCAGGAAGAACUCUCCUGGAAACGGUCCUGGACUUGGUCCUCGGCCCGGUGCUCACCUCAUACGGGCCAGCAACCCUGACCUGCGGAGGACGGACAUCUCUAUGGACACGCCCCUGAAGAGGACGAGCAGCGGCAGCUCCUCCAGCUCCAGCACCCCGAGCUCCCAAGGAGGUUCCAAUGAGCGAGGUGACCGCACACGUAAUUCUGCUGCUAAAACCGAGAGCUCCUCACUUUCUUCCCACGACACCAAAGAGGACGGCAGAGACCUGACCCGGCCCAGCAGGCCUGCAGACCUGACGGCUCUGGCCAAAGAGCUGAGGGAGCUGAGGCAGGGGGAGGAGACCAGCCGCCCGCCCGUCAAAGUGACAGACUACUCUUCCUCCAGCGAGGAUUCGCACAGCAGCGAGGAUGAGGAGGGAGAGGGCGGAGCCAACGAUGGAACGGUGGCUGUGAGCGACAUACCGCGCAUCAUGCCUCCAGCGAGUCAAAGUGCACACGAGUCGUUUGGCGGGAUGGGAGGCCACAACGACGCCCACGAUGACUCGUACGGAGAAAACUCGCAGGACAGCACCCUCAUGAUGCGAGAGAGGCAUAGGGGACGAAGGCGGAGCUCUGCUGCCAGCAACGGUUUCCCUGGCAACGCUAAUCUGUUUCUCGGCAACACCAAUCUCCCAGAUUUGGUGCAACAGAGCCCCUCCCCUCUGGCCUCACCUGGGGAUGCCUCUGGGGCCCAAUUUGGGAUGGGAGGCAGCGGAGGUUCCAAAGCUUCCUUCACUCCAUUUGUUGAUCCGAGGGUGUACGCGACUUCCCCGACUGAUGAGGACGAUAAAAGCACGGCCGCAGCGCUGUUUGCUGAUGAGCUCCUGAAACAGGAGCAGGAGCAGGCGAGGCUCAACGAGGCCCGGAAGAUCUCCGUGGUCAACGUGAACCCGACCAACAUCCGCCCGCACAGCGACACGCCCGAGAUUCGAAAGUACAAGAAGCGCUUCAACUCUGAGAUCCUCUGUGCGGCUCUCUGGGGAGUGAACCUGCUGGUGGGGACGGAGAACGGCCUGAUGCUACUGGACCGAAGCGGCCAAGGCAAAGUUUAUAACCUGAUUAAUCGAAGGCGCUUCCAACAGAUGGAUGUCCUGGAGGGCCUCAAUGUCCUGGUCACCAUCUCAGGGAAGAAGAACAAGCUGCGCGUUUACUACCUGUCUUGGCUGAGGAACAGGAUUUUACACAACGACCCAGAAGUGGAGAAGAAGCAGGGAUGGAUCACAGUCGGCGACUUGGAGGGCUGUGUACACUACAAAGUCGUGAAAUACGAGAGGAUUAAAUUCUUGGUGAUCGCUUUAAAAAACGCUGUUGAAAUCUACGCUUGGGCACCUAAACCUUAUCACAAGUUUAUGGCCUUUAAGUCUUUCACAGAUUUGCAGCAUCGCCCCCAGCUGGUAGACCUGACCGUGGAGGAAGGCCAGAGGUUAAAGGUCAUCUACGGCUCCAGUGUUGGUUUCCAUGUCAUUGAUGUGGACUCUGGAAACACCUAUGACAUUUACAUCCCUUCACAUAUCCAGGGUCAGGUGACCCCGCACGCCAUUGUGGUCCUUCCUAAGACGGACGGCAUGGAGAUGCUGCUAUGCUACGAGGACGAAGGUGUCUACGUCAACACCUACGGGCGCAUCACCAAAGACGUGGUGCUGCAGUGGGGCGAGAUGCCUACCUCCGUUGCCUACAUCCACUCCAAUCAGAUCAUGGGUUGGGGAGAGAAGGCCAUCGAGAUCCGCUCCGUGGAGACGGGACACCUGGACGGGGUCUUCAUGCACAAGAGAGCCCAGAGACUGAAGUUCCUGACGGAGAGGAACGAUAAGGUUUUCUUCGCCUCGGUUCGGUCCGGAGGCAGCAGUCAAGUUUUCUUCAUGACCCUGAACAGAAGCUCCAUGAUGAACUGGUAACCCGGAACCUCCUUCGACCCACAAUCCUCCUCUUCGUCUUCGCCCUCGAGCUGCGACGGCAGGGAUGGAGGGCCGACUGGAGGACAAUCUUUGUGUGUGUUUAUGUUUGUGUGUGCUCGUGGAUGACAACACGCUGCUGACUGGACUGGUCCGGAACGGACCCGAGGAGGAGUUUAACCACAGGACGGCGCCCCUGCUUGGAGACCCCGGAGCUGUAGGGGGCGCUGCGGGUCCUGUGGUCAGUGUCGCUGCCUGCAGAGCGCCACACGACGCCUUCACCUCGCCUGAGGACUGCUGGACUGAACUGUGGGUGGAUCUGGAGCCUUUAAAGGCCCCUGUGUGGUCCAGAGGGGACGAUCUUUGUGUAGCACAUCAGAGACCUGAGUCCAGCUGCAGCCAGUCCUCCCACCGUCGUAGUGAAUAAGCAAAGUAGCAUUAGACAGAAAACACACUCAAGGCUGAAUCUCACAUUAAGUGCACAAGUUUUUAAGUUCACAUUCAUCCCAGAAGGUGUGUGUCGCUUUGCUGACUUUUAUUUUGUUAGAUUAGGUCUGCUGAGGAUAAAAAUAAGUCCUUAUUUCAGUUUUUUUUAUCUCAGAGGCAACAAAUGAUGCUGAAUAAGUUUGGACUGGAUGAAAAGUGACAAUCGUGAGAGGAAAUCUGUCUGAGUCCACAUCAGAGGUCAGAGUGCACACACCCAAACUCUCAUUGACCCCCCCAUUGUGUCUGAGCUUCACAACGAAAAGUGAAGGCCCUAUUUUAACUUCUUAAACAAAACACUGCUGAUGUAAUAACUCACGAGUGAUAACCAGAGGAUUCUGUCACUUAUAUCAUAGGACAUUUGGAAAAAAUAGAAAAAAAAAGAAAUAAUCGUUGCUUAAGACAUGUUCUUUAAGCUCAUUGUGACUUUCAAUGGUUUUUUUUUUGUCUGAUGUAGCAAAAAUACAACUGGUGUUUUGUUAUUUUGUUCUUUACGAGGCAGAAAUCCAUGAGCUGGAGCGACGAGCGGUUUUGUCUCCGGCCUCGGAGCUGCCGUUUGCUCGCAGCGUGAUCGCUCAUUUCAAAUGCUGCUAAAACAUCUUCCAUCCCCGAAACGACCCUUCAAACACAAACCUCAGAAGGUUUUCCUUCAGUUCUCCAUAUUUUUUUCCUCUUUCGGCUCUUCUUGGUGUGCUGCACUCAUGUAAAUACUCUCACUGAAGUCUGGGGCGGGAUUUUACCGUUCAUUUCAUGCCUCUUUGAAUUUGUCAGACGUGUAGCUUCGAGCUGAAUCUGCAGGAGUUCCUUCGGAGCCAUCUUCACUCGUCACGAACUGCAAAUCUGUGGCAAUAAAAACAGUGAAACACUGAACAAAACAACCGUAGGAUCUUGUUUUUAAUCUCUAAAAAUAAUAGUAAAGAUUGUACGCUGGAGAAUUUUAUGGUACGGUAGUUUAGCGGUGUGAAAGCUGAGCAGGACCCUCCGAUGGAUGUUAACGCUGGUGUUUGUGAGAAACUGGUUCAUCUUCAACCUGAUUUGUUUUUGUUGCUGUCUGAUGGUUUUCAAGCGUGUGGUUCAUGCAAACAGGAGGCGUUUUUGAGGCCCUGCGAGGCCUUUAAAAUGUUCGGGAUGAAUAAAAACGACUGGCGCAACAAUAGAUUAAAAGAUAUUUAUACGUAAUAAUUUUCAUUAUAUCUUACUGAUCAUUUUAGAGGAUGAGAAUAAUGAUCACUUAUUAAAGUUUAGUUGUCUUUCUACAGAUAGAGAACAUAGAUAUACUGUAAGAAUUUCUAAAAAAAAAAAAAAUACAAUGUUUUUAUUGUGGUAUUAUUUGUAUUUCAAUUUUUGUAUCAGACUGUGAACGACCGUGUGUGAGCGCGCGCGUGUGUGUGUGCGCGCAGGUGUGUGAAAUGCAUGUGAGCGUAUGUUUUCACCCCCACCCCCAGCCUGAAUCACUGGAAUCAGUCCAAAAAGACAACCUCGGUUUGGAAACUCACGUCUGUGAUGUUAGGAAAUCAAUAAAUGUCCUCUCCUUGUACAGCAA